GGCUGUGACGUCACACUCCACAUUAUGGCGGGACCCGAGACACAUGCCGCCGUCGCCUCCGCCGAAGACCCCACGAUGCUGCUCUACCUCACGGUCGUGGUCGGCGCCACCGUCAUCGUCCUCGUCUGGCUCUUCAGGAGGGGCAGGCAUGAAGGCGCAGGACCCGGAGGAGGACAGGGCGGCGCCGAAAAGCAAACAGGUGACAAGAAAUCGACAGGAGAUAACUCUGCAUCGAAGAAGGGAAUGACAAAAGUUUCCAAAAAGAAAGUAACUCAAGAUUGGAAGAAAGUUCCCCCACCUACCAGUUACACUCACCCAGAGUUGAUAACGUCGUUGAAAGGCCACACAGGCAAUAUUACGAGCGGAAGUUAUUCUGCUAACGGCAAGCACUUUAUCUCUGCAGCGGACGCUGGCAGUGGCAGACGAUUUGACCCGGGCGGCAGAGGUGUCGGUAAGGCAGAAUUCUAUUCGAGGCAGUAUACCCUAGAGGACUGCCUGAUCGGCUCGAGCAUUUCCGAGGGAAGCAGCAGUGUGGAGGAGCUCGACACUUCCUCUGUCAGUAGCAGCAGUCAGGUGGCCACAAGCAAUGCUCCUUCAGACACGGAGGACAUUCUAACGUCGUCUAGUAAUGGUAAAAUGUCAAGGCGACAGCGCAAAAAUAAGAACAAAAAAUUCAAGAAUUCAUCCGGUUGUUUUUCCACGUCGAAGAUGGUGAGUCAGAGCACCAAGGAGCUUUUCAACAGCAUUGGCAGGACAGAAGAGGAGAUCUACAACCUCCUCCUUCCCCUCUGCUCAGUUGUCGAAGAGAGGGUCCUGAAUGGCUACCCUUACGUCACUAACCAGGGCGUCCACGUCUUCAAGACAAGCGGCUACUCCACGCUGGCUGCCGCUCUCAACGGUUGUGAACUCGUCCAUGCAGAGCUGAAUCGCAUGCAGCACUUCGACGUACAGAAAAAGGUGGACGUCGACGGGGCAAGCUCCGAUUAUUCUGAGCCAGAAUCUGUGGAGGAUCUCAGCACAGGCGAUGGGUUUCACGAAGACUGCCAAGAUACGUCUUCGGGGGUAAGCUCCGAUUGCAAAGAGAACGACGGUGAUGGCGAGGGGCCGUUCAGCAGUGACAUGAACAUGAACUAUUGUCGCACUCUCUUGAUAGAGACCAGUGGAAGUAAUGAGUCCAAAAGAGAAGUAGAAAAGUGUGUUUCAGGGGAUCAGAGUGUGGAGAAAUGUAAAAGAUGUAGACAGAAUUUCAUUAUUGGCAAUAAUGGAAUGAAGCCUUGUGAAUACCACCCAAAGAAACUAGUGUUAAGGAGAGAUGGUAGACUCCAUUAUCAAUGUUGCAAUAGGAUGAAAGGGGUAGAGGGGUGUACAAGGGCUAGUUUUCACGUUUACCAUAAUUUAAGAUCUGGGUUGAACGGUCCUUUGGAAGGGUACGUUUCUAGUAAGGAAGGAAGACCCAGAGUGAUAGGAAUAGAUUGCGAAAUGGUCUUCACCACGAAAGGUUUCGAGUUAGCCAGGGUAACGUUAGUUAGUGUCAGCGGGAGAGUUUUAUUAGAUUCGUACGUCAGACCCGAAGGCGCAGUAUUUGACUACAAUACUCAGUUUUCGGGGAUAACUGCCAAUCACAUAGAAGCCGCACCCCCCUUCCAUGAAGUCCGGGAGAAAAUACUGAGUUGCGUGUCUUCCAGUUCAAUUCUCGUUGGCCAUAGUUUAGAAGGCGAUCUGUCUGCAAUCAGGUUAGUCCACCGAAACGUUAUCGACACCUCCCUGAUCUUCAAGGGUCCGCAGACCUCUCAGUCUUGUGGACCCAUCCCACACAAACAGUCUCUGAAGUCCUUGGCGAAGAGACACUUGGGUCGUGACAUACAGAAAGGAGGGAGCAAAGGGCACGACAGUCUGGAGGAUGCUACGGCCGCCUUAGAUUUAGUACUCAGACAAUUGAAAGAAUCUCGUUGCGACGAUGCUUUGCAGUCGCUGAAGGUUGCGCCUUUACCGCUAGCACUCAAGAAUAUGUGAUGUGAAGAGGAGAACAAAGUUGACUUUUGUACUGCUACUGGAACCCUGACUGUGAAAGAUCAUAUCACAUAUUGUGCCUUAGGUCUUUUAUCAUUAAAAGAAAUAAUCAGGAAUUUGCCUCUAGCACUGCAGUAUUCUGAAUGCUGUGUCUUUGCUCAAAGCUGUUGUUUUGUUUUUAUUUGAAUGUGUUGUGCAUUAGGAUGCAUUUCAUAGUCUUUUACGAGAAACUUGUGCAGGAGAAUUUUAUCCCGUUGAUUUUAGCGUAGGUGUGUUUCUAGGAAGGCGUGAGAAAGUCAAGUCGUUGGUGGGAUUCCCACAAGUGGUUUUUUUUUCGUUUUUAUUUCUUUUAGAAUAGAUUCGGUUUUCUUUUUACUAGGAGCAUUGAAUUUUAGUUAUUUUAAUUGCCAAUUUUUAGGAGUACAGUAUUUUGUUUCCAUUUUUCAGUCUGUCAGAAUUUGUUCAAAGUACGUAACGUGUGAUUUCGAGGUUGGAGAAAUCCCGAGGCAGCUUUUUAAUCCAGGGGUUAGUGGUACAGAUUCAUUUGGUUGUGAUAAGUCUUUCUUAAGGUUAGCCAUUUUUUGGUUGAAUUUGUAAAUAGUACUUUUUUCACUCGUUUUUUGGUGAGCGUGCUUUGCUCUUUAGUUGUGAACGUGAUAGUUUCAUUCCAUUGUUUUAUCACUCGACUUGUGAAACAUUAAUGAAAGGGAUUUUUUUUUUUUUUUUUUUUUUGGUUUUU